UAGGGUCUUCGUUUCUCUGAGAGGAUCAAACGCCUAAAGUCUCUUCAUCUCUCCUCCUGAAGAAGUAAAGGGUACGUUUUCCUACUUCGAAAAUGUACGAAGGCGAGGAGUAUGAUCCCCCAGACGAGGAGGAGGAGGAGGAGAUCACGCAGGAAGAUGCGUGGGCCGUGAUCAGCGCCUACUUCGAGGAGAAGGGCCUAGUCCGGCAGCAGCUCGACUCCUUCGACGAAUUUAUACAGAACACCAUGCAAGAGAUAGUGGACGAGUCUGCCGACAUCGAGAUACGUCCUGAGUCCCAGCAUAACCCUGGCAGACAGUCUGAUUUUGCUGAGUCAAUCUACAAGAUCAGCUUUGGUCAGAUAUAUUUGAGUAAGCCUAUGAUGACGGAAUCAGAUGGAGAAACUGCAACUUUGUUCCCAAAGGCCGCGAGAUUGCGGAACUUGACAUACUCGGCCCCAUUAUAUGUUGAUGUCACAAAACGGAUCAUAAGGAAAGGGCAUGACUGUGAAGAGGUCACAGAGACCCAGGAUUUCACUAAAGUCUUCAUUGGAAAGGUUCCAAUAAUGCUACGGUCUAGUUAUUGCACUGUGUAUCAAAACUCGGAGAAAGAUCUAACAGAACUUGGGGAAUGCCCAUAUGACCAAGGUGGAUAUUUUAUUAUCAAUGGAAGUGAGAAGGUUCUGAUUGCACAAGAAAAGAUGAGCACCAACCAUGUCUAUGUAUUUAAGAAAAGGCAGCCUAACAAAUAUGCGUACGUAGCUGAGGUCCGGUCUAUGGCAGAGACCCAAAACAGGCCACCAAGCGGCAUGUUUGUCCGCAUGCUUUCUCGUGCCAGUGCCAAAGCGGGCUCUUCAGGGCAGUAUAUUCGGGCUACUCUUCCAUAUAUUCGGACAGAAAUCCCAAUAAUUAUUGUGUUUCGUGCAUUAGGAUUUGUUGCUGACAAAGAGAUAUUAGAACACAUAUGCUAUGACUUUGCUGACACUCAGAUGAUGGAGUUACUUCGGCCAUCCUUGGAAGAAGCUUUUGUCAUUCAGAAUCAACAGGUGGCUUUAGACUACAUUGGGAAGCGAGGAUCAACUGUUGGUGUCACGAGGGAAAAGAGGAUCAAGUAUGCUAGGGAAAUUCUUCAAAAAGAAAUGUUACCUCAUGUUGGUGUCGGGGAAUAUUGUGAAACGAAAAAAGCUUUCUAUUUUGGAUAUAUCAUUCAUCGGUUAUUGCUGUGUGCACUUGGCCGAAGGCAAGAAGACGAUAGGGAUCAUUAUGGCAAUAAACGGCUUGACCUUGCUGGUCCUUUGCUUGGAGGCCUUUUUAGAAUGCUGUUCAGAAAGUUGACCAGGGAUGUGAGAGGAUAUGUUCAGAAGUGUGUUGACAAUGGAAAAGAUGUUAACUUGCAAUUUGCAAUCAAAGCUAAAACUAUCACUAGUGGCCUCAAGUACUCCCUUGCUACUGGAAAUUGGGGACAAGCAAAUGCAGCUGGUACAAGAGCUGGAGUUUCACAGGUGUUGAAUCGCUUGACUUUUGCUUCUACCCUGUCCCAUUUGCGAAGGUUAAACUCUCCCAUAGGACGUGAAGGGAAAUUGGCAAAACCCCGGCAAUUGCACAAUUCUCACUGGGGAAUGAUGUGUCCUGCAGAAACACCGGAAGGGCAGGCAUGUGGACUUGUGAAGAAUCUGGCAUUGAUGGUCUAUAUAACAGUUGGAUCAGCAGCUAAUCCCAUUUUGGAAUUUUUAGAAGAGUGGAGCACUGAAAACUUUGAGGAAAUAUCUGCUGCAGUUAUCCCUCAAGCGACCAAAAUUUUUGUCAAUGGCUGCUGGGUGGGCAUUCAUCGUAACCCUGAUCUUUUGGUGAAGACCUUGAGACUGCUAAGAAGACGGAUUGAUGUCAAUACUGAAGUGGGAGUUAUCCGAGAUAUUCGUCUGAAAGAACUACGCCUUUAUACUGACUAUGGUCGUUGCAGCCGUCCAUUGUUUAUUGUGGAUCAACAAAGGCUGCUGAUAAAGAAAAAGCAUAUUCAUGCCCUGCAGCAAAGGGAAACCCAGGAAGAAGGGUGGCAUGAUCUUGUUGCAAAAGGAUUCAUAGAGUAUGUAGACACAGAAGAGGAGGAGACUACCAUGAUUUCCAUGACCAUUUCAGAUCUUAUAAGUGCAAGGCACAAUCCAGAGGAAGCAUAUUCUGAAACUUAUACUCACUGUGAAAUCCAUCCAUCAUUGAUAUUGGGCGUUUGCGCUUCUAUUAUUCCAUUUCCUGACCAUAACCAGUCCCCUCGUAAUACAUAUCAGUCUGCAAUGGGCAAGCAAGCAAUGGGAAUUUAUGUCACCAACUACCAAUUGCGAAUGGAUACAUUAGCUUAUGUCCUUUAUUAUCCACAGAAGCCUCUUGUUACCACUCGUGCCAUGGAGCACUUGCACUUUAGGCAGCUACCAGCUGGCAUUAAUGCCAUUGUCGCAAUUGCCUGCUAUUCUGGAUAUAACCAAGAAGAUUCUGUUAUCAUGAACCAAUCAUCAAUUGAUCGUGGGUUCUUCCGAUCGUUAUUCUUCCGUUCAUACAGGGACGAAGAGAAGAAGAUGGGAACUCUUGUUAAAGAAGACUUUGGGCGUCCAAACAGGGAGAGCACUAUGGGCAUGAGGCAUGGAUCUUAUGAUAAACUGGAUGAUGAUGGUCUCGCACCUCCUGGCACAAGGGUCUCAGGUGAAGAUGUGAUAAUUGGGAAGACAACUCCUAUUGCUCAGGAUGAUGCUCAAGGACAAGCUACACGGUACACAAGACGUGAUCAUAGCACAAGCUUACGCCAUAGUGAAAGUGGGAUGGUGGAUCAGGUUUUAUUGACAACAAAUGCUGAUGGGUUGAGGUUUGUGAAAGUGAGAAUGAGAUCGGUUCGAAUUCCUCAGAUUGGAGAUAAGUUUAGCAGUCGACAUGGGCAAAAGGGGACUGUUGGCAUGACUUACACACAAGAAGACAUGCCGUGGACGCUAGAAGGCAUCACACCGGAUAUUAUUGUGAAUCCACAUGCCAUUCCUUCUCGAAUGACAAUUGGUCAGCUUAUUGAGUGCAUCAUGGGGAAGGUUGCAGCUCAUAUGGGAAAGGAGGGGGAUGCCACUCCUUUUACUGAUGUCACUGUCGACAAUAUUAGCAAAGCCCUUCAUAAAUGUGGAUAUCAGAUGCGUGGUUUUGAAACCAUGUAUAACGGUCACACAGGACGGAGGUUGCCUGCUAUGAUAUUCCUUGGCCCCACAUACUACCAGAGAUUGAAGCACAUGGUUGAUGACAAGAUCCAUUCACGAGGGCGGGGCCCGGUGCAGAUCCUUACCAGGCAACCUGCAGAAGGACGCUCGCGUGAUGGAGGCCUUCGCUUUGGAGAAAUGGAGAGAGACUGCAUGAUUGCGCAUGGGGCUGCACACUUCCUGAAAGAAAGGUUGUUUGAUCAGAGCGAUGCCUAUAGGGUUCAUGUCUGUGAGCGCUGUGGGCUGAUUGCUAUUGCCAACCUUAAGAAGAACUCGUUUGAGUGCAGAGGUUGUAAAAACAAGACCGACAUCGUUCAGGUGCACAUACCUUAUGCCUGUAAGCUGCUCUUCCAAGAGCUCAUGGCCAUGGCCAUUGCUCCUAGGAUGCUUACCAAGGAAGUGAAACCAUCCAAAGAUGGUAAGAAGAAAGGAAAGCUUGUAUAAUAUUAAAGCAGAAGAAGAAAGGAAAGCUUUUAUAAUAUAAAAGCAGCAACUCUGUUGGCCGAAAAUAAAAUGGGGUUUGUCUACCACAAGAGUAAAGGGCAGAUAACAUUGGCUCGUUCAAGGCGGAAUGGCAAAAGUGGGUUUUCCUCUCUGUGGAGCAGGCCGCUUGAAGAAACUGUGCUGGAAGCUCUGAACCAACAGAACUAAAGCUCCCUGCCAAUGUUGUUCUAAUGGUAAGAAGAUGCAUAGAUGUUAGUUUGGGUUUUCAGUUCUGAGCUGACUGAGAAUGUAUGAAAAGGAUGUAAGAGAGGAAAGGAUUCUAUUUGUUACGGUUCCAUAUUUAUACUGCAGAGAAACAUUGCUUGGUGUUA